UUCAAAAAGUGUGCUGGAGACUUCAGGGAAAGCUUCCAUAACACGGCCAGGGACCCUCAUCAUCCCAGGACUGAGCAGAGACCCUGAGAGGCUACUCCACCAGUGGGGACCUGCAACUGCAGCUGACCUGUGAGGUGUCGCUACAGUUACUUUUGUCCUAAACUAUGCUGGUGGCUCACAUAUUCCUAUUCUUCCUCACUCUGACUGUACCCACAUUGGGGCAAUAUGAACACUGGCAGUAUUAUCCUGAAUAUUACCAGCCACAGGUCCCUGAGCCACUACCCACACAGCCACGUAAGCCACCACCAUCCAAAAUCCAUGUGCGUCUGGCGGGAGAGAAGCGCAAGCAUAACGAGGGGAGAGUGGAAGUCUUUUACAAUGGAGAGUGGGGCACCGUCUGCGAUGACGAUUUCUCUUUGUAUGCGGCUCACAUAGUCUGUCGAGACCUCGGCUACGUGGAGGCCAUUUCAUGGGCACCCAGCUCCAAGUACGGUAAAGGAGAAGGACAUAUCUGGAUGGACAACGUGCACUGUAACGGGAGGGAGAAAAGCAUCGCCGAGUGCACCCACAAUGGUUGGGGAGUGACGGACUGUAAGCAUAGCGAGGAUGCGGGAGUACAGUGCAGCGACCGUAGGAUUCCUGGAUUCAAAUAUGACAAUGCCUUGGUGGAGAGGCUGGAGGAGAUGCAUAUCCAGGUUGAAGAUGUACGUAUACGUGCAAUUCUGGCCACGUACCGAAAACGCGUGCCUGUAACAGAGGGUUAUCUAGAAGUCAAGGUAGAUGGCACAUGGAAGCAGGUGUGUGACACCCAGUGGACCCAGAAGAACAGCAGAGUAAUAUGUGGCAUGUUCGGCUUCCCCGGAGAGAGGAAAUACAACCAGAAGGUGUACAAGAUAUUUGCAACUCGUAGAAAACACAACUAUUGGCAAUUCUCAGCUAACUGCACCGGAAAUGAGGCGCAUUUCUCCACCUGCAUUGUGGGAGGAAUACUUACCCCAAAUACUACCACCAACCAGACUUGCUCAGAUGGAGCUCCUGCUGUUGUUAGCUGUACUCCUGGAAGAGCCUUCGCCCCGAGUCCAGCCAGCGGCUUCCGCAAAGCAUUCCGUCAGGAGCAACCACUGGUACGUCUGAGAGGCGGAGCCAAUAUUGGGGAAGGACGAGUUGAGGUCCUGAAGAAUAACGAGUGGGGAACAAUUUGUGAUGAUCAAUGGAACUUAGUCUCUGCCAGCGUGGUCUGCAGGGAACUUGGGUUUGGAAGUGCCAAAGAGGCCUUGGUGGGAGCUCAGUUGGGGCAAGGAAUGGGUCACAUCCAUAUGAGUGAGAUCAAAUGCACUGGUUUUGAAAAGUCAAUUAUAGACUGCAAAUUUAAUACUCACUCCACGAGUUGCAGCCACGAGGAGGAUGCUGCAGUGAGGUGUAAUGUUCCAGCCAUGGGAUUUCAAAACCAGAUCCGACUGAAUGGUGGCCGUAACUCCUACGAGGGACGGGUUGAGGUGCUGAUGGAACGUAAUGGCACACUGAAAUGGGGCACUGUGUGUAGUGAUGGCUGGGGCACUAUGGAGGCCAUGAUUGUGUGCAAGCAGCUAGGAUUGGGUUUUGCCAGCCACGCAUUCCAGGAAACAUGGUACUGGCAGGGAGAUAUCACAGCAGAUGACGUCAUCAUGAGUGGUGUAAAAUGUUCAGGCACGGAGAUGUCUCUGGCACAUUGUAGACAUGAUGGACCCAACAUCAACUGUCCCAAAGGUGGAGGGCGUUUUGCUGCUGGAGUAGCUUGCGCAGAAACUGCCCCAGAUCUCGUCUUAAAUGCUCAACUGGUUCAUCAGACCACAUACCUGGAGGACCGACCCAUGAUGAUGCUUCAAUGUGCACAUGAAGAGCAAUGCCUCUCCUCCACUGCUGACCGCACCAGUUAUACCACAGGUUAUCGCCGCCUCCUGCGUUUUAGCUCGCAGAUACACAACAAUGGACAAGCUGAUUUCCGACCCAAGAGUGGACGCCAUGAAUGGAUAUGGCACGAAUGCCACCGCCACUACCACAGCAUGGAAGUUUUCACACAUUACGACUUACUGAGCUUAAAUGGAACCAAGAUUGCAGAGGGACACAAGGCCAGCUUCUGCUUGGAGGACUCAGAAUGUGAAUCAGAUACACAGAAGCAGUAUGUAUGUGCCAAUUUUGGAGAACAAGGCAUCAGCGUUGGCUGUUGGGACAUCUACAGACACGAUAUUGACUGUCAGUGGAUAGAUAUCACAGACGUGGCUCCUGGAGACUACUUCUUCCAAGUCGUAAUUAAUCCAGGUCAGGAAGUGGCCGAAUCAGACUACACCAACAACAUCAUGAAGUGUCGCUGUAGAUACGAUGGCCAACGAAUCUGGAUGUACAACUGCCAUACAGGAGGAUCUUACAGCGCAGAGACAGAAGAGAGGUUUGAACAGUUCAGUGGGCUCAUAGACAAUCAGCUGUCAGCCCUGUAGGAAUGACAGGGAGUUGGUGUCAUCUCUUCUACGCCCAGGAGAGAAGAGGAAUAUAGCCCCAUGCGUUCCAGCGGAGGUCAACAGCCUGAGGCAUGCGGCAAAUUCUUCCAGCUAAUCUUACAUUCCCUGGUACUUUCCCACAGAGCAGACCCACAAUGAUGACCGGUGCAAACAAUGUCAUUCCACCUUAUGUGUCACUGUAUAAAUAUAAGAUAUACGUCAUAGGAUUUCCAGGACGUCACCAAGACAUUCCACUUCAUGUAGGACCUGAAACUGUGACAGAGCGAGUACUGUAGCAUCAGACGUACCAUUUGCUGGAUCUAACUUCUUUGCUGCCAGGCCAGCAAAGUCUCUGCACUCCAGUAUGGUACAAGUCAGCGACCAGCAGCCAUGACAGCUUGACACGGAUCAUCAGGGACUGCAGUAUUAGACCUUCCUAUUCCAGAUCUUUCUCUACUGGGACCAUUGCAUCCACACUUCAUGGGCACCCACUUGGUACUUAUGGUGCUAUAAACUCUUCUACCAAUGGGUCCAGCCACACUUUGCUGUCUUACAGAUAAUGGUUACACGUCCUACAGUGCCAGACCUGCUCCUAUGGUGUAGCAGUGACCGGCGGUAUCUAUACUGUACUCAUAUGGCCCAGGAAAGACACUACUAGCUACUACCAAGAGGCACUAUGUCCACUCAGUACAAAUAUAUAUAUCCUUUUUUGUGUAUGUCUAGGAAUAAAUUAUAACUUAUUAUCUA